AGCCCAUGAGUUCACCGACUCACGGGUCUUCCAAGACUCCACUCACUGACUCACGGGUCUUCCAAGACUCCACUCACUGACUCACGGGUCUUCCAAGACUCCACUCACUGACUCACGGGUCUUCCAAGACUCCACUCACUGACUCACGGGUCUUCCAAGACUCCACUCACCGACUCACGGGUCUUCCAAGACUCCACUCACUGAUCUUCCAAGACUCCACUCACCGACUCACGGGUCUUCCAAGACUCCACUCACUGAUCUUCCAAGACUCCACUCACUGACUCACGGGUCUUCCAAGACUCCACUCACUGAUCUUCCAAGACUCCACUCACCGACUCACGGGUCUUCCAAGACUCCACUCACUGAUCUUCCAAGACUCCACUCACUGACUCACGGGUCUUCCAAGACUCCACUCACUGAUCUUCCAAGACUCCACUCACCGACUCAUGGGUCUUCCAAGACUCUGGGUCUGGUACUUGAAGAUACUUGUUUCCACUUGCUCGGGUCCUCCACGAAGACCCGAGUUUCCCUGACUCACGAGUGCAAGAUGGGUACUUGAGUUACUUGAUGGGUACUGACUCACCGGGGCUCGACAAAGACUCGAGUUUAGUUGACUCAAGUCCUUGACGAACACGAUAAAGUCUUUGCGAAUGUGUGAAUUUGUCGUGAUGCAUCUUGCAGGAAAACAACAGCCAUUCCCAAUUAGCAGCUGUCAAUCACGCCGGACGCCUCGAGAUAUCUUCCACUCAAGAGUCGACAUUCGGGUGUAGUUUGCGUCUGCUCGGGCUAUUUACUGACUGACCUUUCAUUUUCCGCUCGUUUCGUUGAAGUGGAAGCGACACGAAGUGCUUCAGUUGAACUUCACAUCAAACAAGCAACCACUGGCUAAAGUGCUUUGAAGAGUUAUCAUUUCAAACAAAAAAGGCCAUAAAACCCAACGAAGCACUUUGGUUGUAAUCCUUUUAAGUGGAGGCUUUUCCAUGCCGCAGUUGACUCGUAAAAGGUCAGCGUGUGGAGUUGGUGCGCCGUCCAAGUGCUUUCCAUGCAGAAGAUGCUGCACCAGAGGAGCAAAGCCUUCCAGACAUCAACUUCAAACUGCGGUGGUGGACUUUUUACUGCAUGUGGACGCUACUAAUUAUAACAUUCGCUGGAAUUCCACCCAUUUUCUGUUCAAAUCCCAGUGGGGUACUAUAGUAGGUUUCUUUCAUAAAAUACCAGAAGAAAUCUGCAUUCUUCUCCUGUUGGCUAACACACUCGGACUCCGCAGCCUCGUUCACCGACCACGCCUACUUUGUUGUGAUUGCUCAGUGGCGAGUCACAAAUACAGUAAAUGUUGCUUUUUGGUUUUCCAUUUUUUAAAUUGAAAAUAACUAUUAUAUUUAUUUUAUUGAAAGUGUAUUAAAUACAUUUGAAAUGUAUAUAUUUAAUAAUAAGGUAAAAAUAAGGAAUCCCAUUAAGCGCCAUUGGCUCACAUUAAGGACUACAGAUGGAAAGGAUGCUUAACUUGAGCCUCACCAUCAUCAUCAUCAUCAUCAUCAUCAUGCGCUGUGAGCGAAACGACGGAGGAGGGAUUCUAAUCAUGUUCAGCAGGGAUAAAUGCCACCAAUGGAGUUGUUGAUUUGGAUGAAAGAAUCAUUUGUGAGCAUUUCAGCCAAAGUCGUGUACGCACAAACACAAACAAACACACAAACACAAACACACAAACACACAAACACAAACACAAACACACAAACACUCCUUUCGUAACUUGAUGAACGUUGAUUGGAGGGCCACUUCAUCUGAUUGGACAAUUGGGGGGCACAGAAGAGAUUGGUGCAGGUGGAAAAGGUCACACACACACACACACACACACACACACACACACACACACACACACAUUAGGUCAGCGUCUCAGUCACGUCUGAGGUGUUCCACCAAGGCUUCCAGACUGAUGAUGGCCAUGUGGAGAACAGCAUCCUUGUACUUGCUCUUCCUUCUGGUGAGUUCUCAUCCUUUUAUUGUCUCAUUCCAUGUCUGAUCAUCUUUUUUGCAACAUAGAUAAAAUGGUAAGUACUAUUAUAUGUGCAGAUGUGGUAUUUGACUUCAAAUCAGCCAAUAUUGGAUUAUUGGAUAUCUAUAUGUCAUCACCUUUCUUUGCUGAUUGGCUAGAAGGAAUUUGGGGUGGGUGUAUCCAUCUAGAGAGUAUCAAUACCGAGGGUAGUAAUCAGUAAUGAAACAUGGUAACAUUGAUAUUUUUCAGUUCUCUGCUAUAUUUUAUAUGUGUAAAAGUCUUAAUUACUAUGUAAAUAUAAAUGUUUGAUCAUGAAAUCAAGCAAAAAGUAUCAGUAUUGACAAUAGUGUCUUUAGAGUAGAUAAACGUGCCCACCAUUUCCAUCAUGGACAAUCAGCAUCAUCUCCCAACAAAAGAGCAGCUUCACUGGCAGAUUACUAUCACUGUCCUGCUCCACUGAAAGCAGCUUCAUUGGCAGAUUGCUAUCACUGUCCUGCUCCACUGAAAGCAGCUUCAUUGGCAGAUUGCUAUCACUCUCCUGCUCCACUGAAAGCAGCUUCAUUGGCAGAUUACUAUCACUGUCCUGCUCCACUGAAAGCAGCUUCAUUGGCAGCUUCAACAGAAGAGCAGCUUCAAUGGCAAAUUACUACCACUGCCCUGCUCCAUUGAAAGCAGCUUCAACAGAAGAGCAGCUUCAAUGGCAGAUUACUAUCACUGGUCCGUGGUCUGUAAUGUCAUAUUGUCCACACCGUUUUGAGUAAACGCUUGAAGAUAUUCCAUUCCUAAGAGAAGCUAACAGGAAAAUAUGGGGGGUUCAUAUCUUUGUUUAUCUUUGUUUCCUCGUCUUUCCGUCCGCAGGGCGUUCAUUGCUGGCAUGACUUGGACAACACCGAGUACGACUGCUGGCCAAUCAACAACCCCAAUGAUUACAACAUGAUAAGCUGCGGUGGGCUGGAGAUGGCUUGGGUGCAGCGUCCUCCGGAGAAAGUCACCAAUGGCGAGGAGUUCAACGUCUCGUACACCGUCACAGCUUCAGAUUCUUUCUACGACUACGCCGUCAGCAACAAGAUUUUCCAGUUCAGUGACGCUGCGGAGGCCAAGAGGUUUUGCGACGAGCACGAGUGUCCGUCAAACUGGAACAACGCCAACGAAAUCAACUGCUGCGUCUAUCACGCCAACAUUCACUCCUGUCCUCUGGGCCUCAUGAAACAAGGAGGCAUCUGUGGCCCCUGGAUUCCUGACGACGGCAAAAUAGUCACGCAUACCGUAUCCAAAGCCGGCAGGAUGAGUCAGAAAUAUUGGACGUCAAAGGUCAACAGCAUUUUUUUUUCAGCAUAUUGUGUGUACAUAGCCACACUUUUAUCAUUUCACACAUUUUCACCAUGUGGGUUGUCACAUGACUGCGUGGGGGGGGGGGGGGUCUCCGUCCAGGUGGUGCUGAUCCAUGUGGGAGUCACGUCGGUCAUCGCUCACAUCAAAAUUGGAAAGAUGCACGCAGCUUUGGAAUCCAAAGUGCUGGUUGUUAGCGCUCAAGUGUGCGGCGAUGACGUCUGCGAGGUGGAGGAGACCUGUCUCAACUGUCCUGCGGACUGCGGCAUCUGUCCCAUGUCCGUUGCCAUCAAGGUGUCCAUCGGCCUUCCCGUCGCUCUUUUCAGCGCCGGCUUCAUCCUAACCAUGGUGUGGCUCCAGUACCAGAAGCAGAAGAUGUUUUGGGACGAAAGCUGGAUCAUUAACUACAAGAGUUUAAUAUUCGGUAGACUGUGUGGUACAGACUUUGGCAGUGCAAACACUCCCCACAACGGGAAGAGUACCUCCAAUGUCAGUCAGCUGACGGACAUUACCCUCUGCACCGGCGUCAACGCCUUCUUCAAGCAAGGCUUCAUCCAACCUGGCAUCUACGAUGGGAGAACCGUGGCGGUCAAACACGUCCAAAAGAAACACUUCACUCUCUCCAAAAGCAUCAGGAAGGAAGUGAAAGAGGUCAGGCAGCUGGACCAUCCUAACAUCUGUAAGUUCAUCGGGGGUUCCAUCGAGGUUCCCUAUGUGAGCAUCAUCACGGAGCACUGCCCCAAAGGAAGCCUGUCUGAUGUUCUCCUCAACGAUGACAUUCCUAUCAACUGGGGUUUCAGACUUUCCUUCGCUACUGAUGUUGCCCGUGGGAUGUCCUACCUGCACCAACACAAGAUGUUUCAUGGGAGGCUCCACUCCAGGAACUGUGUUAUUGAUGACCGCUGGGUGUGCAAGAUCUCGGAUUACGGCCUCACGCUGUACAGGAAGGAGGACUUCGAUGCCGUCGGUAAUGGCUUCACCUGCAGGGACGUCAACCACAUCUACUACGCUCCAGAGGUCUUCCUGGGAAGCAGCGUGACCGGGACGGCAGCGGCAGACGUCUACAGCUACGCCAUGAUCCUGAUUGAGAUAGCCACGCGUUCCGACCUCAUCUCGGACCAGGUGGAGGGAGUGAGGAUGGAUAUCUCGUGGCGCCCCCCUCUGCCGGAACUCAAAGCAGGGAAAAGCGACUUGGACUGUCCCAGCCAGGAAGACUACUGCGAGCUUAUCAAGCGGUGUUGGUCUCACAACAUCGCCACGAGGCCCACGUUCGAGCAGGUGAAGAAGAUGCUGGACAAGAUGAACCCCCAUAAAGUCAGCCCCGUGGACAUGAUGAUGAACCUGAUGGAGAAGUACAGCAAACAUCUGGAGGCCAUCGUUGCUGAGAGAACGCAAGACCUUCUUCAAGAGAAACAGAAGACGGACCGCUUGUUGUACAGCAUGUUACCAAAGCCGGUGGCUGAUGACCUCCGCCAAGGCCAAACUGCAGAAGCGCAAAGCUUCUCCAACGCGACUGUCUACUUCAGCGAUAUUGUGGGCUUCACUCAGCUGUCGGGGGCCAGCACACCCCAUCAGGUCGUGGACUUCCUCAACCAGCUCUACACCACUUUCGACGACAUCAUCGAUAAUUACGACGUCUACAAAGUGGAGACGAUCGGCGACGCUUACAUGGUGGUCUCCGGCGUCCCCCAAGAGAAUGGCAUCAAUCACGCGGGGGAGAUAGCCAGCAUGGCCUUGGAUCUCGUCAACGUUUGCCACACCUUCAAGAUCCCACACAAGCCCGACACCCAGCUGAAGAUCCGUGCAGGCAUCCACUCGGGACCCGUUGUGGCUGGUGUGGUUGGGACUAAGAUGCCACGCUACUGCCUGUUUGGGGACACCGUCAACACGGCGUCACGGAUGGAAUCAACCAGCGAAGCUUUAAAGAUCCAGGUGAGCGGGGCCACUGCUGACCUGCUCCACACCUUGAGAGGAUACAUUCUCACCUGCAGAGGAACACUAAAUGUCAAGGGCAAAGGUGAGAUGACAACAUGGUGGCUGGAGGCCAAGAGGGACCAGCGCACAGAUCCGCUGCUUAGCACGCCCAGAGAUGGUCCCGUGCCAGUUAGUGACUGAAAGCCAGUGUAACGCCAUGUGGAGAUCAUGUACUGUUUCAUCAUGUGCAAUAACGCCAUGUCCUGUUGUCCUGUUGUCCUGUUGUCCUGUUGUCCCGUUGUCCUGUUGUCCUGUUGUCCUGUUGUCCUGUUGUCCUGUUGUCCUGUUGUCCUGUUGUCCUGUUGUCCUGUUGUCCUGUUGUCCCGUUGUCCCGUUGUCCCGUUGUCCUGUUGUCCCGUUGUCCUGUUGUCCUGUUGUCCCGUUGUCCCGUUGUCCCGUUGUCCCGUUGUCUCCUUCUUCUGCUGAUUUGAUGUAACCCAAAGCCCGGCCACUUCUAGUUUUAUUCCUCUGUGUGUACUUUUCCUCUCUGAAUUACCGCAACAUUAGCGACACCUGCCAUUCAUUUAACCGGCUGUUUAUUAUUGUGGUUGUAGUUUUCGGUGGUUUG